GGAAAAGGAAAUAAUAAUUGACCAAAAAAGCCACGCUCUGUUGGGAAUGGUUGAAGUUUAAUUUAGAGAAAGCAGAAAACAAGGGAAGGUGUAAAAGCAUCAGUGAUAAAAAGGACAGUAAUCAGGUAUUUAACGUUUCUCACAGAAAGGACAGGAAGAAAUCAGCUCAAUUUGUGGCGGAAGAUUUAGAAUAAGUAAUAAUCUGCCCCAUCUUAAGGGCACAGUGGGAUGGGUUACGCUGUACAUGCCCUGCCCUGCGGCUCCUAAGAGAUACUGGGAAAAAAUGAAGCUAACAAGACCACAGAAGUGCAUUCACACAACGGCAGCGCUUUUCUCUUUAUGUCCUGAGGGAAAGGGAUGGGUUCACCUUAACACCAAGCAGCAACAGGACGCAGCACACCUCUGGUCCUGCCUGAUGUGGUGUUCUUGCCUCUUGUGGCAACCAGUGUUCUUGAAGUCCUGAGAUCUCUGAGGUGCAAAGUUGCUAUUUUUGUAACAAAACCAAGUGUUUUGUGUCAAGUGAAAAAAGCCGAGGAAAGCCGACAACAGUUUUGACCUGUGUACCUGCACUCGGACGCUCUCCCUUUCCUUCCCGGCACGUUCUCCAGCUACAGCCGGCAGAACGGCCGGACGCCCGUUUCCGCCCGGGGAUGGAUCCUCUCCCUGCUCGGCACCUGAGCUGCUCUCCAGCCCGGCCAGGCUGCGGGCUUUGCGGGGCUGCGGCCAGGCCGUGCGCCGCACAACGGAGCGGCAGCGCAUCCUCCAUCCCGGCCUGGCGUGCAGCCACGGCUUUUAUUCUGAAGCGAUGAUGUCAGGCAGCUCGGUGCGAGCCUCAGUGCCCCGCUGCGCGCUGCCGCCCCGGCCCCGCUCUCCUCCCGCACCAUCUCCGAUGCCUUCUUCAGAGCAGAGUAUGUUUUCCAAAAUCGCUUUGUCAGCCGUCAGCAUCCUGCUUGCUAAUUUGCGGCAUUUGCUCUCAUCUUUGAUGCAAUUCGUUCCAGCAAGGAAGUGGGUGGCUGACUCCCUGGCAAUGGGGAAUCUCCUGGCUAGAUGGAACGAGGAGCCAAGUGUGAGGACCUCUCAGCAGUCACAAGGUCUGAAGAAUUCACUGCCCAGUCCACCGAAAGAGGAAUUCACCUUGCCCACUUUGCAGUGCAUCUCUCCCUUAGUGCAGACAGUGGAGGAGACCCCAGAGCCCAUCCCAGCCAAGAUCAGAGGACAUAUUCCUGAAUGGAUUAAUGGGAAUCUUCUGAGGAAUGGCCCUGGGAAAUUUGAGUUUGGUGAGGAGAAAUACAACCACUGGUUUGAUGGUAUGGCCCUGCUGCAUCAGUUCCAGCUGAGGAAUGGCACGGUGACAUACCAGAGCAAGUUUCUGCAGAGCAACUCCUACCUGAUUAACAACCAGCACAACCGCAUUGUGGUCUCAGAAUUUGGGACGUUGGCAAUGCCAGAUCCAUGCAAGAGUGUCUUUGCACGCUUCCUGUCACGCUUUGACCCACCAAAGCCAAGUGACAAUGCCAAUGUGAGUUACGUUGUCUAUAAAGGAGACUACUAUGUCACCGGUGAGAACAACUGCAUGUACAAAGUGGACCCAGAAACGCUUGAAAUGAAGGGAAAGGUAGACUGGACCAAGUUUGUUGCUGUGAAUGGGGCCACUGCUCAUCCUCACUACGCACCUGAUGGGACAGCAUACAACAUGGGAAACUCCUAUGGGAAAUUUGGGACUACAUAUAAUAUCAUUGAGGUCCCUCCACAAAAGUCAAACUGCAACGAGACAUUAGAGGGAGCGAAAGUGUUGUGCUCCAUUGCUCCAACAGACAACAUGAAACCCUCCUACUAUCACAGCUUUGGGAUGAGUGAAAACUAUAUCAUUUUCAUUGAGCAGCCCAUCAAGCUGAAUCUGUUGCGGAUAAUCACUUCUAAGUUCCGUGGGAAGCCCAUUUCUGAAGGGAUUAACUGGGAGCCUCAGUACAACACUCGUUUCCACAUGGUGGAUAAGCGCACUGGGAAGGUGCUGCCAGGGCAAUGGUAUACUAAGCCCUUUGUUACUUUCCAUCAAAUCAAUGCCUUUGAAGACCAUGGCUGUGUGGUCCUUGACCUGUGCUGCCAGGAUGAUGGGAAAACUCUGGCUGUCUACAAGCUUCAGAACAUGAGGAAGAGUGGAGCAGAUUUAGAUCAGAUUUUUGGGUCGGUAGCCCGAACUUUCCCCCGUCGCUUUGUUCUCCCACUGAAUGUGAAUUCGGAUACGCCUGUGGGGAAGAAUCUGAACCCUCUGACUUACACGCUGGCAAAGGCUGUGAAAGACUCAGAUGGCAAGGUCUGGUGCACACAUGAAAAUCUCCACCCUGAUGGCUUUGAAAACUUUGGUGGCUUGGAGUUCCCCCAAAUUAACUACUCUCAGUAUAGUGGUAGGAGAUACCGUUACUUCUAUGGGUGUGGUUUUCGGCAUUUCAUCGGAGAUUCCCUAAUGAAGGUUGAUGUGGAGACCAAGGAUUUCAAGAUUUGGCAGGAGGAUGGAUCCUACCCCUCAGAGCCUGUUUUUGUGCCAGUGCCUAACGCCACGGCAGAAGACAGUGGAGUCAUCUUGUCUGUUGUGAUCUCCCCUGACGAGAACCGAAGUGCUUUCCUGCUUGUCUUGGAUGCAGAGACCUUCAGAGAACUGGGGCGAGCAGAAGUCCCAGUGCAAAUGCCUUAUGGAUUCCAUGGGAUUUUCAGUUCACGCUAAGAGAGAGAAAAGAGAGCCACCUCCUAUAUCUCAGGGCAAGGUUAGGCUCAGAAAGAAGCCUCUGCUUUCUUUUACCUUCCAACUUUACAUUAUGCCAAGGCUGAAGGAGCCACUUCUCUAAGGGUUAUGUUACUGCCGUGUUCAACAGGACUGAGGAAGACAGAAGCUCCAUCUCUCUAACAGCCCACUGCUUUAUCUUAGUUUUCUGUCUAACUUGCUAGAACACAUAGCAGCAGUUCACAAAGGCUGCCAGGCAUAAGGCUUGCAAGGGAGAAAAUGACCAUGACCUGUCAUGUCAUGGGUAGCAAUGUGCUCUGAAGGGAAGAGAGUAGUACAUGUCAGUUGCAGUGGCUUUGGCUGAAAAAUGUAAAGCACAAAAAAGAAAUAAAACCAAGGACUAACAUCUAGGUCCAGUGCAGGGCUGUAAUUAUGCCCCCACUGCACAAAGAUUGCCUUCAGUGAGCCUGAGAGAAUAGCUGAAAACGCUCACAGAAGCUGUACUCGUAGUGCUGUCUCUGUACACUAACUGUGCCCUCAAAUAAAACCCUCUGGCGUUUCUUCCUUA